UAAAAUAGCCACAGGUUUCGAAAAAAACAAGAAGACAGCAUAUCUCUAAUCUCUAAUCUCUAAUCUCUAAUCUCUCUCCUAUUGAGAUUUUGAGAUGAGCAGCACAUCUCAUCUCAUCUAAUCAUCACUAGAGUCUACAACUAGAUCAAGAUCACACUCAGCUCUUUUCUCUCACCUCCAUAAAAAUGGCAGACUAUGAAACUCAUCAGCAUCAGCAUCAGCAUCAGCAUCAGCAACCCACAAUAAUCCUAAAAGAAACCGCAAUUCAAACCUUAAACACAAUAAUCCAACUCCAUUUCGAAAAAACCCUUGAGAAAAAACGAGCAGUAGACCUCCAAAAGAAACAACUUUGGAAGCUAUUUCAACGCUUCUUCCUUUUCCUAUCCCUCAUCUUCGCUACCCUUUCGCUUACCACUCGGCUUCAAUGCCGCCAUUGUUGGAUCCCAAUCUUUCUCCUCUCCUUCUCCCACCUCAUCUUCUAUGUCUCUGUUGCACAAACAUUAAGGUGUAUCAAUGGAUUCAAAUACCAAAGAAGAUGUCAUAAGCUUACACUUGGACUUGCUACUGACAAACUCAGGCAGCUUAAGAUGGUUAAAUUGAUCGAUGCUUCAGAUCACGCUUCCUUUCGUGUUAAUACUAAUGGAGUUACUAAUAAUGAUGAUGAUGAUGAGGGUUGUUUUGUAAAUGGGGAUGAGUUUGAAAUUCAUUAUCAAGAACCUCCUGAGAGUUAUUUUGGUAAGUUUAAGAGAAAUUGGGCUCUUUAUUUUGGGUUUUUGAUUUUGAUUUAUGGAUUUAUGGUUUCUUCCUCUGUUGUUCUUCUUUGUUUUUAGUAAUUACUAGGAACCUUUUUGCUAUUCUUUUGUAUUCAUUUACAUUCUUUUUUCUUUUUUAGUAAUUAUAGUUAUUUUACAUCCUUUUUUUGGCUAAUUUAAAUGUAUUUUUCCUUUUUAUUUAAUAGACAAUUGAA